CCGCCGCUGGCCUGCCAGCGACGCGAAGUUUAGGGUCCCGAAGCACCUGAGCACCUGAAGAAGCCCCGGUUGUGUGCGUGCAGCCAUCUGGCAUCCCAGCGCCAUCGCCACCGCCAUGGCCACCAGACGUGUGUUCCAUCUCCAGCCGUGUGAAAACUCUCCUACCAUGUCCCAGAAUGGAUACCUUGAUGAUUCCAAUGACAACUUUGGUGAGUAUAACUACUUCAAUAAUGACAAGGAUGAUGUUGCUGAAGUCCCAGAGGAGAAUCUGGGGGAUGAGACCUUGGACACGGUCAACUCCUCCAUUGUGUCUGGCGAGAGCAUCCGUUUUUUUGUCAAUGUGAACCUUGAGAUGAACGCUCCUCCCUUUUCUCCAGACAGCAUUAACCAGGGCUGCGUGCUCCUGCAUACGUCCCGCAAGUGCCUGAAGCUAAAGAACUUUAAGGAAGAGAUCCGUGCACACCGGGACCUGGAUGGCUUCCUGGCACAGGCCACCAUCAUUCUGAAUGAAACAGCUACCUCUCUGGAUGAGGUGCUGCGAACCAUGCUCAAGCGCUUCACCAAGGACCCCAACCAUGCAGAACCUGCAUGCAGCUUGAACCAGCUCAUGCCCAAGAUCUUUACAGACGCUGGGGCCCUCAUGGAGGGUAAAGUCCACCUUCUGUCAGACACCAUCCAAGGGGUCACUGCCACAGUCAGAGGAGUGCACUACCAGCAGUCGUGGCUUUGCAUCAUCUGUACCAUCAAAGAACUGCAGAGGCGGCAUGUGUGCAUCAGCCGCCUGGUUCGCCCACAGAACUGGGGUGAAAACUCCUGUGAGGUUCGCUUUGUGAUCUUGGUGCUGGCCCCACCCAAGAUGAAAAGCACCAAGACAGCGAUGGAGGUGGCACGCACAUUUGCCACCAUGUUCUUGGACAUCACCUUCCGCCAGAAGCUCCUGAAGACGCACACAGAGGAAGAAUUCAAGGAGGCCUUGGUACAUCAGAGACAUCUGCUCACCAUAGCGAGGCCAUCAGUGAAGGGAUACAGCACAACCUCCAUUCCUUCUUACAGACACCCAAAGCCCCCAAAAUGCAGGGACUUUUACCCCUUUGGGAAAGGCAUCUGGGAGGACUUCAUGCGCCGGUACCCUGUAUACCCACUGGACUUCACUGAUGGUCUUAUUGGGAAAAACAAGGCUGUGUGCAAAUAUAUCACCACCACCUUGUUCCUCUACUUUGCCUGCCUCCUGCCCACGAUUGCUUUCGGGUCUCUCAACGAUGAAAACACAGAUGGGGCCAUUGGUGUGCAGAAGACCGUAGUUGGGCAGAGCAUUGGAGGCCUCUUGUAUGCACUCUUCUCCGGGCAGCCGCUGGUGAUACUGCUGACAACCGCACCCCUGGCCAUCUACAUCCAGGUGAUCCGUGUCAUCUGUGACGACUACAACCUGGACUUCAACUCCUUCUAUGCAUGGACGGGCCUGUGGAAUAGUUUCUUCCUCACACUUUAUGCCAUCUUCAACCUCAGCCUGAUUAUGAGUCUCUUCAAGAGGUCGAUGGAAGAAGUAAUUGCCAUGUUCAUCUCCAUGACGUUCGUGCUAGAUGCUGUCAAGGGCACGGUCAAAAUCUUCUGGAAGUACUACCAUGGUCAGCACCAAUACUCAAAGAGCAUUUCACCUCUGGUGAACCUGUUGGGCAUUGGCACCAGCCUCAACACCAGCCUCCAUACCACCCUCAACAGCAGCCUCCUGGCCAGCCCCCCAGAGUUGACCAAGAGUGACAACUCCGACACCAUACACUCAGGUCGGGAAACUGCGGUGCUCAGCCUCCUCAUCAUGCUGGGCACACUUUGGCUGGGCUAUACCCUCUAUCAGUUCAAGAAGAGUCCCUACCUGCACCCCCGAGUGCGCGAGACCCUGUCCGACUGUGCCCUGCCCAUCGCUGUGCUCUGCUUUUCCUUCAUCAGCUCCUACUUCUUCCAGGAAAUUGAGAUGAGCAAGUUCCGCUACAACCCCAGGGAGAACCUCUUCGAGAUGGCACGGAUCCACUUGUUGUCCCUAAAGGCCAUUGGCAGUGCCAUGGGCCUUGGCUUCCUGCUCUCCUUGCUCUUCUUUAUUGAGCAGAACCUGGUGGGUGCCUUGGUCAACUCACCAGAGAACAGGCUGGUGAAGGGCACUGCCUACCACUGGGACCUCCUGCUGCUCGCCAUCAUCAACACGGGGCUGUCUCUGUUUGGGCUACCCUGGAUCCAUGCCGCCUACCCCCAUUCCCCCUUGCACGUGCGUGCAUUGGCUUUCGUGGAGGAGAGAGUGGAGAAUGGGCACAUCUGUGAGACGAUUGUGAAUGUGAAGGAGACACGGCUGACCUCGCUGGGCGCCAGCAUCCUGGUGGGCCUCUCCCUGCUGCUGCUGCCCUUGCCACUGCAGUGGAUCCCCAAGCCUGUGCUCUAUGGCCUCUUCCUCUACAUUGCACUCACCUCCAUGGAUGACAACCAGCUCUUCGCACGUGUGGCCCUGCUGCUCAUGGAGCAGACGUCAUACCCACCCACGCACUACAUCCGGAAGGUGCCCCAGAGGAAGAUCCACUACUUCACAGGCCUGCAGAUUCUGCAGUUGCUGCUGCUCUGUGCCUUUGGCAUGAGCUCCCUGCCCUACAUGAAGAUGGUCUUUCCCCUCAUCAUGAUUGCCAUGAUCCCCAUCCGCUACAACCUGCUGCCCCGAAUCAUUGAAACCAAAUACUUGGAUGCCAUGGAUGCUGAGCACAGGCCCUGACUGGCAGGCCCUGCCACACCCCCUUCACCCACCAGCCUCCUCCUCUCAGGGCAGCUCUGGCUGUGUAUGGAGGUGUGUGUCCUGUCUCACAGGCCUAGGACACCUGGGCAUUGUAGGGCUCAGUGGUAUGUGCUCACCCCUCUCCCCAUUAGCCUUUAGCUUAGGGUCAGGAACAAUGCCCAGGGUGAGACUAAGCAGGGUGGAUUUUCUUUUGAUAAAAGAGUCGAUGCCCAGGAGAGAAACCGUUUCCUUGAUUGUGUAAGGAACUCACUGUGCACACAUUACAGAAUAAAGCUCCUAUUUCUAUGCUUCCAUGUGCCACCUCUGUCCCUCCUACCAAACCCGACUGAUGUUUGAGUGCCACCUGUGGGCUAUUAUCUUGAACCCUGCA